GAGACUGUUUACAACCUAAUGAAUAUUGAAGGGAAUCCAAAUGCACCAGGUGAACUCUGAUAGAUGGAUGAGGAGACUUACAGAGGUGUGGUUUUGAGUCGAUGGAAACCUCAGAGAAGAUGUCUAACUGGGACGAGGAGUGGAACAUCUCCUUUGCAGGCUGUGGGUUUAGGAGUAUUUACUACCUGGGGGCUUUGAGCUGUAUCCUGGAGCGGGCCCCACGGCUGGUUCAUGGAGCGUCUAAGAUCUGUGGAGCUUCAUCUGGUUGUCUCGUGGCUGCAGCUUUGACUGUUGGGAUUCCCAUUGAGGAGUUCUGUGUUGAUGUUUUGGCCGUGGCGAAAGAGGCCAGGAAACACACUCUGGGAGUUUUCCACCCGACCUUCAGUCUGCUGCGGACAGUAAGGGACUCCCUGCUGGAGAGGCUCCCAGCAGACGCUCACCUCCGGGCCUCUGGAAAGCUCUGCGUGUCCCUCACCAGGCUGUCUGAUGGGAGGAAUGUUUUGGUGUCAGAGUUUGACAGCAGAGAGGAGCUCAUUCAGGUUCUGAUGUGCAGCUGCUUUUUCCCUGUUUACUGUGGUUUCGUCCCACCUUCGUACCGUGGAGUGCUGUAUAUGGAUGGAGCCCUGAGCAACAACAUGCCUUUGUUUGAGCACAGAAACACCAUCACUAUGGCCCCGUUCUCCGGCGAGAGCGACAUCUGCCCCAGAGAGGGGACAUUCAACUUCUUCGAGGUGCACUAUGGCAACGUGAGCAUCCAGGUCAACACCGGCAAUGUGCAUCGGGUCUGCACAUCCUUCCUCCCUCCCACACUUGAGAAGCUGGCUGAGAUCUGCCACAACGGUUACAUGGACGCUCUUCAUUUCCUGAAAGAAAGAGACCUGCUUGGAACACAGUGUCUUCCUCCCAGUGUGACGGCGGAGAUGGACACAGUCAAACCUGCUUGUUGUGAGCUGGCGAAGAAAGUUAAGUCCCAGAACACGGGGUUGAACGGACAAAACUCUCAUCAGGAAGAUCAUUGUUGGCUAAGCCUGGAAGUCAUAGAGAACUUGCCAGUUAGCUUCAAGAAAGUGCUGUGUGAAGCCUGCAGGGACAGUCAUGGUGGCGACUCUCGGUGGUCUCAGCUCACUAAGUUCCCUCCAGUGAAGGUGGUUUUGUGUCUACUGACGCUCCUCGUGCUGCCCAUUGAGCUGAGCUUCUUACUCAUAAAAAGCAUAAUAUUAUCACUGUUGACGCUGACUGCAGAUCUCUGCAGGCAGACAUGGAAAAGCGGAGGCAAGGACCUCAACAGUACAUUCUCCAGGUCGUCUCACUCAGAUCUUAGCAGCCAGACAGGGGAAAACAUAAACAUUAAACCUCUGGCCUCGACAAUCACCAGAAAUUCUAAGAGAACUCUUCACUGGGACAACAACGGUAACCUGGCCCUCCUCUCCCUCACAUCCACCUGCACAGGUCCAUCCAGCUUCCCCUCCCCCAACACACCUGCAUACAGCAAGGUGACUUUAAACCACAGGAGUAAACAGACUCUUCAUCAAACAUCAACCGAGCAGAAAAAAGCCUGUUUAGAACCUCAAAUGUGAAAUACAAUACCUAGAAAUAGAAUAGCUUAAUUGAUAUGUAUUUAUAAUCUCUGUGUAGGAGAAGAAAUGCAUGUUUAGAUUUGUGUUUCGGAUCUUCUGCUACAUUAUGAACCAUCCAGAUCUCUUAGGUCGUCUGGUUCAGGUCUGCUUUGUGUGUCUAGAAUCAAAACUAAUCAUGGAGAAGAAAAGUUCAGAUUUUAUGCACCACGUCUUAAACAAUCUCCCCAAAACCUGCUGGUCUGGUUCAACCCUCACUUCUUUUAAAUAAAGGCUGAAGAUUUUUGUUUGCCGCUGCCUUUUAUUAAGUUUAUUCAUUGUUUACACCGUAAUGUAACUUUUACUCUGGUGCUUUAUACCUUUUAUUCUAUUCAAGCUCUUUUUUAUUUUCUAUUCUCUGUGCUCUUUAAUGAUUGUUUGAAAUGUCCUUUUAUAAGGUGUUUCUUUUGCACUGUUUUGAUGUUUUUAAUGUUUCAUGUAGAGCACUUUGAAUUGCCUUGUUGCUGAUAUGUGCUACAUAAAUAAACUUGCUUUGUCUGACUCAUGUAUCGGUUCAACAAGGCUCAAAAACCGCCUUAGCUGGUGACCAAAAUCUUAACCUAACUUUCCCCAAUUAACAAUUAUUUACCCUAUUUACCCAGUCAAAGUUAACAAGCAAACGAGCAUGUUGUUGAAUGACCAGCUACUUUAAAGUAAGGCAUAAAAUCAUUCCAGACUUAACUUGGUCAAGAGUUGACAAGGAAAGUGAUGCAAUGUUUGUAUCCAGGGUUAUUUGCUAUUUGUUUGUUCGAGGUUCUGUAAACAAAAAGCAAAUGUUAUACGGCAAUGAAACAUUUUCAUUAGAUGAUGUGAGUUCCGUAGGAUAUCAUACAAUCCCCUACAUGAAUUUAUUAUAUUUAUAUGACUAUUUUUUUUGGCUUUUAUUUCCAAGUAUGUGACUUGGAGUGUAUGGUACUUAUUUUUUGUAUGUUGUAAAGCAGGGCAGUAACAAGCCCCUACAUUCUGCUGCUGGAGGUCUUGAGGCAUUGAAAUCUUCAUUUGCAGGCCUGUUUCUGCAGCUGAUUUUCACCUCUGACCUCACUGAGAAGGAAAAGAAGCAGAAAAGUUUGUUUCAUCCCUUUUGAAACUGUAGUUGGUAACUUUUAUAACAACAUUUUUGUUGUUUGUCCAAAGAAAUUCAUGCUACAUCCCCUGCCUCCUCUUACUGUGCGUUAGCCUUACCAGCCUUACCGCACAUGAUGAAAACAACCAAUCAAAAUCAAUCAUGUCAACGGCUGCUUGUUAACUGUGGUCAAACUGUCAGAAGAGGCAACACUAAUCAAAUAUGAAUCAAGAUUCUGUUACUGUAUUGCCUAUUUCUCACCUAAAAUGUUUUCAAAGGCAUAUUUUAAGUGCACUCUUCAGCUGUAAAAAGAAGUUUGUGACCCGACCACCAUUUUGAAAACAGUGGAGCUGGAAGCCGGAGCAAACGUUCUCAUUUUUUCCAGCUAAACAGUGCGUUAGAAACAGUCUAUGGUUAGAAUGUGUUUCUGAAAACAUUUCAGGUGUGAAACAGGCGAUGCAGUAACAGUGUCUUGAUUUAUAUUUGAUCAACACUGCCUAGUUUCACGAUCAGUGAUUGACAGCUGUGUUAGAAACUCCUCAGCUCUGAUUAGUUGCUUUCCAUGAGAAGCGGCACAUUCUGGCAAAGGCCAUGAGAUGCACAAGUGGAAGCAGGAGAAAGUGAUUUCUUUCACAGAUCGUCUGUCUCAUGUACUACUGUGUGGUGACAGUUUCAGCAAAUAUGACAAGUUUUUUUAUUGUUUACAAAAGUUACCAACUGUAGCUUUAAGAGUGUUUAAAAGCACUUCGGACCCAUGACAGUGGAGCAUAUCAUAACGGACUUUAAUUAAUGACCAAUUAAAGGAAAAAGUGUCUACUAAAGAUAUGUAAAAGUCAGGUAGUGUGGUCAUAAGAUAAGAUGGUGAUGUUUUGUCUAACAUUGUCAUUCAUUCAUUUUCCGUAACUGCUUAUCCUGUUGGGGGUCACCAGGGGGCUGGAGCCUAUCCUAGCUUGACAUUGGGUGAGAGGUGGGGUAUACCUUGGACAGGUCACCAGGUCGGCCAAUUUAGAGUCACCAAUUACCCUGCAUGUCUCUGGACUGUGGGAGGAAGCUGGAGUACCCAGAGAAAACCCACGAUGACAUGAGGAGAACAUACAAACUCCUCACAGAAGGGCUCCCCCACCCCAGGCGACAACGCUAACCUCCGCACCACCAUGCUGCCCCAAAUAUUGUCAAAUAUGCACAUUUGCCUCAGCUGAAGCAUUUUUGGGGGCUCUGUGGUCAGAGGUCCAAACCAUAUUACUGUGAAAUCCUGUUUCAGGAUCUAGAGCACGUUUGUUGCAU